GUGAUGGGUCCAGAGGUUUAAUCUCUUUUCUACGGACAAGAAAUUGUUCUAAGAACUAUGGUUUCGAUAAAUGUAGUCUAAAAUAUCUGAAAAGUAUUGACAUCUGGUUAUUAUCUACAACGAAUAUAGUUUACAAUCUUCAAAAACCAUGUCCCUAUGAUAAUGUUAAUACUGAUAUUACCCACAUGAAUAAAAACCGGCUUUACUUUCGGUCUCACUCUAGAUCUUGGUUUAGACUUUAAGGUUUCGAUAAAAAAAAAAAGUUCAACACAUGAUUUUUAUUGAUACUCUUUCCGAAGAAAAUGAACCAGUAGAUCCAUAUGUAAAUAUAUUAAGAAGCCGUGGAUAUGAAGCUUACUUAGUACCUACUUUAGAAUUUGAAUACCAUAAUUGUGAUGUGCUCAAAAAAAAAUUGCAAAAUCCACAAAAUUAUUCAGGUAUGGUUAUAACUAGUCCAAGAUGUGCACGGGGAGUCAUAAAGUGUUUGGUUGAUGGUAAACUUGAUGAAAAUUGGCGUAAAAAACCUAUAUUUGUUGUUGGUGAAACAACAUCUCGGCUAUUAACUAAUGAACUAGACAUCGAGCCAAUUGGAGCAAAUAGUGGAAAUGCUAUGGCUCUAAUACCAAUUAUUUUAAAAUAUGAACUUACCAAAUCAUUAUUAGCACCAUGUGGCAAUAUGAAUAUUAAUAUAUUAUCAGAUAAUAUAAAAACUGUUGAAUUUGAGAACAUAGAAGUUUAUCGAACUAUACCACAUAAAAAUUUAAAAACAAAUUUGGAUGUGGUUUUGAGUAAAAUUAAUGAUCAAAUAGGAGUUGUAUAUUUUAGUCCUUCUGGUUUCCGUGCAACAUGUGAUUUCAUGCCAAAACAAUUACUUAAUCAAAUACAUAUAUUUGCCAUUGGUCCUACCACAGGAGCUGCUAUUAAUGAAGCUGGAUAUAUUUUAAGUGGAAUAUGUGAAAAACCAAAACCAGAGUCUAUGAUCAAUAUGAUAGAUACAUUUAUUGAAAAUACUGUUUUACCAAAAUGAAGCAUAUAAUCAUUGAUGAUUUAUAUUAUUUAUUAUUUAUGACAUAACUUAAUUAAUUAUUUGUUUAU